GGGUGGGAGUAUCCGCCAUGUUGGCGUGAGCGGCAGCGCUGGGCGCGAGAGGGGGCAGGCCGGCGGAGCGCGCGGCUCCGGCGGCGGCAGCGGGGAGCCCCCCGCCCGGGGGGCGACCGUCACAGCCGCGUGAGGCGGGCGGCUGCUCCUUCUCUCCGGCCGGGCCGUGGUGGCGGCGGGUGUCCGCGCUGCUGCUGCUGCUCCCGCCGCCGCCUCCCUGUGAAUGAUGCGGCGGGAGGCGCCGCUGGGCUGGGUCGGAGCUCGGGCGGCGGUGGCCCUGGUCAGCGUCCGGUCGGGGGCGGCGGGGAAGGAGCCGGUGGCAGAGGUGGUGGAGGAGGCGGUGGUGGUGGCGGCCGCCCGGUCCCCAGCCCCCCGCGGCGGCCGGGCGAGCGCAGGAUGCUGAGAGCGACCCCGCGUCCUGGUCGCGCCGCGGGGAAAGGGCUCCCCCGGGGCUGAUCGCGGACGGACUCCCCCUCCUUUCUCCCCGUUCUUCCCCGUUCCCCCCGCCCCGCACGCACCCCGAUAUCCCCGCGCACCCCGCAUCCUCCUCCGGCCCCUCGCUGUCUCCCGGCGCCGCCUCCCGGCGGAGCAGCAGCAGCAGGAGCGGCGGCGGGGCCGAGCGGAGCGGCUCCUCCCCGUCCGGCUCCUCCCGCGGCGCCGCGGGAGCGCGGCGGGCGGCGGAAGAUGGCGUGGGUGCUGAAGAUGGAUGAGGUGAUCGAGUCCGGGUUGGUGCACGACUUCGACGCCAGCCUCUCCGGCAUCGGGCAGGAGCUGGGCGCCGGUGCCUACAGCAUGAGUGAUGUUUUGGCACUGCCUAUUUUCAAACAGGAAGAUUCCAGCCUCCCACAAGAAAAUGAGACCAAACAUCCACCCUUCCAGUAUGUUAUGUGUGCUGCAACAUCUCCAGCAGUAAAAUUAUAUGAUGAAACUCUUACAUACUUGAAUCAAGGUCAGUCCUAUGAAAUACGGAUGCUAGAUAAUCGGAAAGCUGGAGACAUACCAGAGAUCAAUGGAAAACUGGUGAAGAGUAUUAUAAGAGUUGUGUUUCAUGACAGAAGGUUGCAAUAUACAGAACACCAGCAGCUAGAAGGUUGGAAGUGGAACCGCCCUGGGGACAGACUUCUUGACUUGGAUAUUCCAAUGUCUGUUGGAGUCAUUGAUAUCAAGACAAAUCCAAGCCAGCUCAAUGCAGUUGAAUUUUUGUGGGAUCCAACAAAAUGUACAUCUGCUUUUAUUCAGGUACAUUGUAUCAGCACUGAAUUUACCCCUCGUAAACAUGGAGGAGAGAAAGGAGUUCCUUUUAGGAUUCAGGUUGACACUUUUAAACAGACUGAAAACGGAGAAUAUACAGAUCAUCUGCAUUCAGCCAGUUGUCAAAUCAAAGUUUUUAAGCCAAAAGGAGCAGACAGGAAACAGAAAACAGACAGAGAAAAGAUGGAAAAGCGAACUGCACAUGAAAAAGAAAAGUAUCAGCCUUCAUAUGACACCACAGUUCUUACAGAGAUGAGGCUUGAGCCUAUAAUUGAAGAUGCAGUUGAACAUGAGCAGAAAAAGUCCAGCAAGCGGACUUUGCCAGCAGACUACGGUGAUUCUCUGGCAAAGCGAGGCAGUUGCUCGCCAUGGCCUGAUACUCCUACGACAUUUGUAAACAACAGCCCUACUCCUGCUCCAGCUUUUACCUCUGCUCAACAUAAUACCUACAGUGUCCCAGACAGCAAUUCUUCCUCCCCAAAUCAUCAAGGAGAUGGAACCUCUCAAGGGUCUGGAGAUCAGCUUCAUCCUUCAGCCACAAUCCAGGAAACUCAGCAAUGGUUGCUCAAGCAUAGGUUCUCUACCUAUACAAGGCUUUUCUCAAAUUUCUCAGGUGCUGAUUUAUUAAAGCUGACAAGAGAAGAUCUGGUACAAAUCUGUGGUCCAGCCGAUGGAAUUCGGCUAUAUAAUGCACUGAAAUCCAGGUCUGUUAGGCCCCGUUUAACAAUCUAUGUCUGUCAGGAGCCAUUAAGGAGCAUACAACUGGAAAGGCAAGAUGCAGGCAACGGUGACAGCAGCAAUGGUGCAAUAUACGGAAAAAAUGUGGAAGUCGCUUUCCGAACCAGAGCAGAAAGAAGCCUCCCCCUGUCAGAGGCGUGCCCGUACGACGUUACCUUGAAAGAAGUCAUGGCAGUUCACGCUGUUUAUCAUGCAAUCUACUUAGAAGAAAUGGCAGCCUCAGAAGUCACACGCAAGCUUGCUUUGGCAUUUAAUAUUCCUUUGCAUCAGAUCAACCAGGUUUACAGACAGGGUCCCACAGGUAUCCACAUUCUUGUUAGUGACCAGAUGGUUCAAAACUUUCAAGAUGAGAGUUGUUUCUUAUUCACCACAAUAAAAGCUGAAAAUGGUGAAGGCUUCCAUAUAAUUCUGAAGUGAUGUCAGACAAUUGCUAGCCUGAAACUCCAAUGCAGACUGAAGUCCUGCCUAAAGAUCAUCGAAAACCUUAGGAUCUAACUUCACCGUAUAAGAUGUUUCAUAUUGAAAACACAAAAUGACCUUUCUAAUGAGCUGUUUGAUAGGUGAACUUUCUUAUCACUGCCAUAGCUAAGUGUCCUCAUGGGAGGUAUAAUGCCACGACAGCUUAUGUACAGGCAUGGAAGACAAUGUAAGCAAAGGUGCUUGCCCUUUACUGUUUGACAUACGGCAAAUUAUGGCCAGUAGAUACAGUGUCUAGAAGGGAAGCGCUGCUGCUUUUCUAUUCUCUGUAUCCAGUUGGAGAUGAAUGUAAAACUCAUUUUGGGGCAUUUACCUUUCUGUGCCAGUUUGUCUGUUACUUGCUUGUACCUUACGCUGGUUUUAUUUUUUUGAUGUUAGCAGAGCACAUAUUAAUCUGUGUGGAGACGAGUAGUUAAGCUGAUGAUAGUGAUCAGGUCGUCGGGUCUUUGAGAGUAAAGCUGUCAAAACAGCUUCCCGUGUAAAUUGUGUAUAAGAGUGUAUGUAAGAAGUGUAAAUGCCAGAACAGGGCUUUGAAGAAGCCCUAGACAGAUGCAAUAUAUGCAUGCAGCAAACUGCAUUAUCAAGAGUACCUCAUUGGAGGGAUUAAUACAAAUCCCGUGGGGUACCAAGUAAUUGUGUUUUGCUUUAACAAAUUUAAUGGAAACGAAUUGCCUAUGCAUCCUUUAUGUUUAGUUUCCUAGGUUCUCUGCGGAGCACUGCUGCAGUUUAACUCUUUGCUUGUAAAAUUGUGGGUUUAAAAAUACUAGCAGUGAGAGGUGGAUUUUUAUGACUUUCUUAGUGGAAUUCUGCUGAAGAGGGAAGACGACCCACUGGCACCGGGUGGCUGCUGUAGCUUUCAGCAACAUCAAAUAAACAGCUUGAGAAACACUAAAUAUGCACCAUGUUAGUCUCCUUCCCAGCGGGUAACGGCCUUGCUGCAGUUGCUGUUACGGACAAGUAGCUCACCUGUCCUGUUGACCUUUCCCCGCCCUCCCAGCCGUACUGUACCGCUGCUACAGUGCCUCUUCCACACGACCAAAUAGUUACUUUUCUUGCAACCAGGCAAUGGGCUUUUUUUGAUAUUUUGGAUAUUUCUUAUAAAGACAUGGCACAACAUUUCCUACGUUAACGUUACGCUUCAACUGGGUAGGUACUCAGAGGGGAAUAUUUCAGAAGGUACGAAGCGACGGUUUCAGAGCUGUCAGUUUGUGCCUUUGAAGCGUUCCACCUUGAUCGCUGGCUUAAAAGCUUGGGCAGAGUUCGCUUUUUAUGCUGCGGUGUUCAAUGUAAACGACAACUACAGCACAUAAAAAAGCAACUUUGAUCUUUUUUUCAGUCCCUCUUUCGUAACUGGCUCAAGUGCUUAGCAGAAAAGCUUCUUAAAGCUGUAGCAUUUUGAAAAUUUAAAUUCAUCAGAGCUAGCGUUUCUUUCCUAUUUUUAUUUUUUCCUGCACUGAAAGUAAAAUUUUAUGUACUUCAAACAUUUCUGCCUAUAAGUUCUUCAUCUUUGGGUAUUGUUUGGUCCUAGUAUUUUCUUGAACUGACACGUGUGUCUUUUCAGCUCACACCAUAUUCAAAUCCAAAUGUUUUAUAAAAGUGGAAAAAUCCUUGAUUGGAAAAUAUCCGAAUAUCUAACUUUAAAGAAUAUUGAAAGUUGUACAGUAGUUUGUCCAGCUCACUUGAAAUUGGAAUUAAAUUAUGGCACCAGCAAAUUGCUUUUGUUUUUUAAUGAGAUGUACACAUUUCAAUUUAAGUAUAAUAAAUGUUUUUCAAUAAUUUUGUAAA